AUGCCAUCGCCAGAAACCCCACCAACCCCCUCAAAUUCCAUCGAAAUCCGUCCAACAACCUACGGCGGCCGCGGCUACUUCGCCCUCUCCCCCAUCCCCGCAAACACCCUCAUCCACGUCUCUCCCUCCCCCUACACCCUCUCCAUCAUCCGCGACUUCAAAAAAGAAUGCUGUGCGCGGUGUUUCCACUGUGUUGUGGGACGGAACUUGAAGUGGAGGGCAGAGAGAGGGAAUGUUGCCGGUUUUUGGUUUUGUGGGGAGCGGUGUAAGAGGGAGUGGGAGGGGGAGGAGGAUGUGGCGGGGUUGCUUGGGGAGGCGAUGGAGUGUUUGGAGAGGGGGUUCAAGCGGCAGAAGAGAGCUGAGCCCCCACGGACUCCGGAUGGGAAGGAGGUCGGCAGAGCGUCGACGACGAUGGACGAGGAAAUGCUGGAACGAGUCUGGAAAGAUGCCGCGGAUGCACCAUGGCCUAAACACGGACAAAUCCCCGACGGUGAAGUGGACCAAGAAGAAGCCCGCUUAAUAACCUACGCCCUCGUCCGCCUUCACAACUUCCUCUCCUCCCCCGGCUCCGAAUCGUCCCCAACCUGGUCCGACUUCCUCGCCCUCCAACCCAACGCCCUCUCCCACUUCCGCUCCCAACCCUACCUGCUCCCCUCCCAUCUCCACACCUUCCAUUUCCUCCGGUCCGUGCUACCUAAAUCCCUGAGGGGUGUCUUGACACUCGAGAACUUCCGUGCGACUACGGCGAGGGAUCCGGGGAAUAGUUUCGGGAUAUGGGAACAAGCAGAAGGAGAAGAAGGGGACGGGGAGAGUGAGAUGUUGGGGUGGGCGAUGUAUCCGAGUGCGUCGUAUUUCAAUCACGAUUGUGAUCCAAACACGAAAAAGGUUCGACGAGGGCGUGCAAUGACGAUGGUAACAGCCCGAGAUGUGGCCGAGGGCGAAGAGCUGUGUAUCAGUUAUGGACAUUUGGAGGAGGAUGUACUGGAGCGACGGAGGCGGUUGGAGGAUAAGUUCUUUUUUAGGUGUGGGUGUGGGAGGUGUAAGAGGGAGAGUGGAGAAGAACAGUGAAAUGACAUGCAUAUGACAGAGAGAGGAACAUUGGUAGAGGGAAAGGGUAUUGCAUGGGUUGUCCCGGCGUUUUUGUGCUUUUUCUUAGAGAACGCUACAUUAAGAGAAUUUGAGUUACUACGCAC